AGAGCAGAGCGGACUACGGCAACAUCUCUUCUUCUUACCAGAGGAAAUACACACCGACUCAUUCUCACAGCUACGGAGCAGUUACACCUUAUCAGUACUCUACCGAAUUACCGGGACAUCUUCUACCCAAGGAGACUAGAAUAAAUAAAGGAAAAACACGUUAAAACAUUAUUACCUAUCGGUUAAAUUAGAGGAGCCGAUAUACCGAUAUCCCAGCAACACGAAAGACAGACUUGGCUAGUCCACCAGGAUAACAUACCGGAGCUUUCGGGAGCACGAGGAAAGGGAGAGGGAUAAAGGAGGAGAAGACAGGAUGAUUCUCAAGCAUCAUUUGGUUCUGACGCUGUGCGCCGUCUACGGGAUACUGCUAAAAGGGUCGUCAGGGCAGCAACCCUUGGUCCAGAAUCAGACAGUAACAGAGGGGGGGACGGCCAACAUGACUUGCAGGGUAGAGUACAACGACCAAACUUCUCUCCAGUGGUCUAACCCUGCACAGCAGACACUGUUCUUCGGAGACAAGAAAGCUUUGAGAGAUAACCGUAUCGAGCUGGUCCGAGCGUCGUGGUCGGAGCUGACCAUUAGUAUCAGUGAGGUGACACUGGCUGACGAGGGGAUGUACACCUGUUCUCUAUUCACCAUGCCUGUGAAGACCGCCAAGGCCUACCUUACUGUACUGGGGGUGCCAGAGAUGCCAGAGAUAGACGGUCUGACAAAGCCUGCCCUGGAGGGAGAUGAGAUCACUCUGACCUGCAUGACCCAUGGCUCCAAGCCUGCUGCUGACCUCCGCUGGUUCAGGAACGAGAAGGAGAUCAAAGGUGCCAAGGAGGUGAAUGCCAGUGGAAAGACCUUCACCGUGACCAGUUCUCUCCAGCUGCUGGUAGACCGGGACGAUGAUGGGGCCGCGUACACCUGUAAAGUAGACCAUGUCGCCCUGUUACAGACACCACAACAGACUACUGAAGUAUUGGAGGUGCACUAUGCUCCUCGUGUGGCGAUCACCAAUUCGUUGACGUUCCCUCAGGAGGGUCAAUACCUGAAGCUGGAGUGUGUAUCCAAAGGAAACCCAUCGCCAGACCCUGUGAUGUGGACUAAGGAUGGAGGAGAACUUCCAGAUUUGGAGCGUAUGAUUGUAGAAGGAAGAGAGCUCACCUUCACCACCUUGAACAAAACAGAUAACGGAACGUACCGUUGUGAAGCCUCCAACCACCUGGGCACCAGCAGUGCUGAAUACCUGCUCUAUGUCUACGACGUCCCCAGCACCCUCCCUCCAUCCACCACCCCACCUCCCCGCCCCACCCCACCAGACACCACCGCCCCCUUAGACCCCCACCUGGCCUCCUCAGACCCUCCAAACACCAACAACAGAGACCCCAACGCCAUGGGGCAGCAUGGUCCAGACCAUGCUCUGAUUGGAGGAGUGGUGGCGGUGGUGGUCUUCGUCACCUUGUGUCUCAUCAUCGUUCUGGGCCGCUACCUGGCCAGGCAUAAAGGAACGUACCUGACCAACGAGGCCAAAGGAGCGGACGACGCGCCUGAUGCUGAUACAGCUAUCAUCAACGCAGAGGGCAACACACAUGCUGAGGAGAAGAAGGAGUACUUUAUCUAGACUGUAGAGGGCGCUGAUUUGCUGCCCACUCUUUCUCUCUGUCUUUAUGUCUCUAUUCCUCUAUCUCUCCCUCUCUCCCCCUCUCAUUCUCUUUAUCUCUUUCUUCCUCCCUUUCUAUACUUUAUUUAGACUACAGAGGGAGAUAUGCUGCCCCCUCUUUCUCUCCCUUUUUCUCUCUCUCUCUUUCCAUUUUCUCCUUCUGUCCCUCUCUCUCCACUGCCCCUGCUGCGUCACUAAGGAAACCCCGUGGAAAAACUCCACCUUCUCCUUCUCCCCUCAUCCCUUCUUCCCUGCUGGCCUUUCUGUUCUCUUUUUUUAAUCAUUUCAUUCCGACCCUUCACUUCUACACUUUUUAAAAUAUUUUUUAACCGUCCUAGUUUCUGACGCCGGCCUUCGUUUUUAAAGGCAGCGCCCUCUACUGGCUGUCUGGAGAUGUUGCCUUUUAUUUUGUUUUGUUUUUUCUUUCAAUUUUACAUAUUUUAUGUGAAAUAAACCCCUGAGAAUCUGCAUAUCCACCGACACCGAGACCACUUCAGACUCCUUAUUAAACGCCUCAACACCUCCUCACACACACCCUGUUGCCACAGACACACACACUCACACACACACACAUCCAUUCCCUGUGUGUAAACACACACCCUCACGUUUACACGGUGCCUCAAAUAUGCCGCCUUCAUUCACACUGUCAGCAAUGCUGUUGUUUAACUGCUUUAUACCAUUCAUUUACAUUGAUGCUACAAAUACUCUCUUUAUUUCCGCCUGUCGUAUCACAGCUCCUGGGCUUGAACGUUGUUUAAUUCAACAUUUUACGUUUUUUAUUUGUUAUUUAAAUGAAUAUGUAUGCUGGUUACGCCUUAUGUCUUUCAGACAAAAUUAUACUUUAGAUUAUCUGUCUCCUUCACUGUCCCCUUUCACUGUUCCCUUCACUGUCCUCCUUGACUGGCUCCUUCACUGUCCUCUUUCACUGGCUCCUUCACUCUCUCAUUCACUGUCCUCUUUCACUGGCUCCUUCACUCUCUCCUUCACUGGCACCUUCACUGUCCUCUUUCACUGGCUCCUUCACUCUCUCCUUCACUCUCCUCUUUCACUGGCUCCUUCUCUGUCUCCUUCACUGUCCCCUUCACUGGCUCCUUCUCUGUCUCCUUCACUGUCCUCCUUCACUGUCCUCUUUCACUGGCUCCUUCACUCUCUCCUUCACUGCCUUCUUCACUGUCCUCUUUCACUGGCUCCUUCACUGUCCUCUUUCACUGGCUCCUUCACUCUCUCCUUCACUGGCUCCUUGACUGUCUCCUUCACUGUCCUCUUUCACUGGUUCCUUCACUCUCUCCUUCACUGUCCCCUUCACUGGCUCCUUCACUCUCUCCUUCACUGUCCCCUUCACUAUCUCCUUCACUGUCCUCUUUCACUGGCUCCUUCACUGUCCCCCUUCCCUCCCCCUUCACUGGCUCCUUCACUGUCCCCUUUCACUGUCUCCUUCACUGGCUCCUUCACUGUCUCCUUCACUGUCCCCUUCACUGUCCCUUCACUGUCCCCUUCCACUGUCUCCUUCAUUGGCCCCUUCACUGUCUGCUUCACUGUCUCCUUCACUACCCCUCUUCUGUUCCCAUCACUGUCCCCUUCACUGGCACCUUCACUAACCCUUUGCUGUCCCCUUCAAUGUCCCCUUCCCUAACCCUUCAAUGUCCCCUUCCCUAACCCUUCAAUGUCCCCUUCCCUAACCCUUCACUGUCCCCUUCCCAAACCCUUCACUGUCCCCUUCCCUAACCCUUCACUUCCCCUUCACUGUCCCCUUCACUGACACCCUGAAUAAAACUGUACAUGAGGAAAAGAAUAGACUUGUAAACAAUAGCCCUUGCCUCCUGUAUGACAGGACAGAGGGUUUUCUGGUAUAAUACAAAACUGUAUUCAAGAAAAACAUGGCCCAUUGUAUGAUAAGAUAGGAGUUUUUUUGUGAACACUGUAGCCAGACAUGUUGUGAGAUAUGGUAUGUGUGUAAUUUGUUCUUCAUUAGUCAUUGGUUCAUAUAGGUGGUAGAGUCUUUAAAACAGACGAACCGAUUGAUCAUUAACGACACUCAUAAUAUACAUUCGGAACACCAAAAAGGUUACGAAAACGAUGCUGGGUGUAGGUUUAUAUCAAAUGAAUUGAAACAACAAUCAAUCAAUUAAUGUCUUGCUUUUUAUCAUGCAUAAUCAUUACGUUGAUUACUUCAAACUGUCUGUGAUACAUGAUGCGUCUGUCUGUCUGUAUAUUCCUGUUCAGAACCCGGCUGCGCUAACGCAACAUUCUCACAGUGUCACCUUGGCAACUUAGUAUCUAUCUAUCUACAGCGCCAUCGUUUGCCGAAGGGAUGUAGAACGAUGCUAUAUUUUGGGUAGUCAGUGCUUGACUUGGGCCAGAGUUGUCUACCGGCGCUCUAAAUUGGGGAGGGGACGACGACUGCGUACCGUUUCCUUUAUAAAACAAAGUCGUCUAUCACCGGUCCGGAUUCACACACAGUGGCAAAAGAAAGAAAGGCUGAUCGAAGUUGGAAUGAAGGCGGGAUCUGCAUUGAAUAGCAGAAACGGUUAAUUCUGCUUUGUUCAAGCUUAUUCGACGGUAGUCUGCAAAUCCGCUAAUUCUACUUUGUUCAAGUUUAUUUGACAGUAGUCCGUUAAUCCGGUUUAUGCGUGCCAGUUGACUGUUCAAGUUAGACAAUACGCCAGCCUGAAAGCGCAAGAAGUUGCUGUUCCAAAUUGAUCUUAACAUGAAAAUCCCGGAAAAGUCAUAUUAUUGCGUUUUCCUUUUUAAAUCAAUCACUCUUAAAAAAAUCGACAUGUCAGCCCUGAUCAGAAUUAGGCCCUUCAGCAUGUGUGUGCUCUGGAUCAUCUGUUAAAGGUUCAAUUCAAAUAUGUGUUUUUAAAUCUGUGUGCCAGUGCAGUUGACUGAGGAGAGAGAGAGAUGUUUCAGCGGCAGGUAGAAAUAUAACAUAAAAUAACUAAAUAGCCCAUUCAAAACAUAACUAGCCAUGCUACAGGCUGUCUCGCUAGUUAGUGGCGUUUUUGGUUGUUGUUGUUGUUGUUGCUAAGCAUUAAUGUCGUUGAUUCCAAUGGUUCUGUUGAGAAAUACAUCUGACAGAAUGUCACUCCAACAAACGUCUAAGAAUAGCCUAAUUGAAAAAUGGCUUCCAUGCUUUGCACAGAUCUCCCCUGAAACAUGAAUAUUUUAGCCUUAUAAGGUCGUAGAUAACCAUGUCUUAGUUAGCUACCUUCCUUUGAGGUAACCGACUUCAUCUAUUUUUAUCCCUGAUUCAUUGAACGGGGAAAUAAUUAUAUAAAGACAUAAAAGUAUUUGGUUGUAAUAUUGUAACUUUUUAUAUUAGGUUGUGGCCAACCGUCGCCCAUGAGAGAUACUGGGAGUGCAGGCUUUUAUUCCAGCCCUGCUCUAAUACUCCACACUGUAGCUUAAACAUCAGCUGCUCAACAGGACCUUGCUGUAAGCAGACUCGGAUGUGUUUCAGGGCUGCCUGCAUGCCCUGGGGCGGCAGGGUAGCCUAGUGGUUAGAGUGUUGGACUAAUAACCGAAAGGUUGAAAGUUCAAACCCCCGAGCUGACAAGGUACAGGCAGUUAACCCACUGUUCCUAGGCCGUCAUUGAAAAUAAGAAUUUGUUCUUAACUGACUUGCCUAGUUAAAUAAAGGUAAAAUAAAUAAAUAAAUGCCUAGUAGCUCUCCAGAUGGAAUGUUGACCACACAUGUUAUUCUACUUUAAUUGUAGAGACGCUUACCAAAAAGUUCAAGCGAAGUCAUGAAAAAGUAAACAAAUUCCAUCUGUCAAAAUGUGCAUGAACCUUUAACAGUGGGGGUCUCUGUAGCAUCAUUUCAGUUAUGAAUUUUGGUGAACAUAUUCUCAUGGAUGGACUUAGAAAAAUACAGCUCCUGCACCUCUUCCAUCCCAAGUCAAGCACUGUGGAUAGUAGAGUAGUGUUGUAGUAGGUCGUUAUGGAAACAAUACGGUGCAGAGUGUUCCGUUCACCUGCCAGGCGGGGCAAGGUGACUCCCAGCUCCGCUCAAACCACGGACAACUCCGUGCCGUUUAAGCGAUUCAAAGGGAUUCAAACCAGUUGGUUAUAAUAUCUCAUCACCUCUUAAAGACCGUAAUCCAGAACUAUAAAUGUGUCCUUGACCCCGAGCGGCUAAAUUGAACAUGUUGCAACGUAUUGUGACGCUUUACUGGUAACGGCCGAUUGUAUGGAUACUAGAAGUUUUUAUUUUAUUUUUAAAAAAUUAAAAAAUAUUUUCUUCUUUUAAAAAAAAAAAAGUAUUUUAUAGUUUGGGCCAAGACUUGGCCA